AUGACUUCGUUGGGCGAGGAGUCUGAUCUUUUGUGGCUGAAGCAGAAACUUGAGGAGAGAUAUGAAACCAAGUACGGUGGCAUGCUGGGUCCGGACACAGGCGACGUGGCCGCUGAAGGUGGCAACGUUCACGCGUCCAGGAGGGCCUGCCUGCUGAAGAUGAGUCGCGCAGUUGCAUCGUUCGCGAGCCAGGGCCGCCAAGUAGUUCGCAGGCGCGGGGAGACGGAAAAGUCGCGACCUUUGGGCGAGGAUUGGACAACCUUCGCUUGCCGGGUGAGCCUCCAAAAUGCGUUGGAGAAGAGACGUGCUUCUCCUGCCGGGCGCGCGGACCAACCAGGCUGGAGCUUCAAGCAAAUGGUGGGCUCGCAAGGCAGCAUAGUGGUGCCGGUGCCAGCAGCUGAGGGCUGCCUGGACUUUGGCAGCAUCACAUCUCACGCCCCGCAGCUGUUGAGCUCAACAGCCAUGGCGAUUUUCGCGCCCGAUGAGCCGCCUCCGGAACUGGAGCGCAAAGGCUCAGAGCCGUCCCUGGCCUUCCUGGACGACUUCAGGCUGCGGCUUGAAACAGCGCAGAGGCAGUUGCUGCAGUGCCUGGAUGAAGAGAUUGGAAAGGCGCGGCAGACGAGGGAAUCUGCGGAUCGCUUAGACGAGCUGUGUUCAAGCAUGACCAGUGUGAAGUUCGACAGCCACGUCAAUAUUGUUGGCGAGCACAGAGUGAGCCAUUGUCGCUCAUUGGGUGCACACGAUAUGAAGACGCAGCAGCAGCAGCAGCAGUCGUUGUAUUUCAGUGAGGACGACAACAUGGUUGACAUUGUGCCACAGAGAAGGGAAAACCGGAGCAGGACAGCCCAGUCCAAUCGGUCGUCGGGCAAUGGGCAACACCUGCUGCCAUCCUUGCAGCCAAAGCGCAAGAGGCGAAAGUCAUGGCUCACCAAGCGAUCAAACAUACAGAUCAAGGAGAACCGAAAAACGGCCAAGUCGGUGGAGUCUCACAAGCCAAACGUGCUUUCCAUGAAGGUCCCCCAGUCAUCCGACAAUGAGGGGGACGGGGAUGCCGAUGCCAAGCAAGAGAAGAUGGCGCAGGGCCUCUUUGGGAAGAUGCGGCGAGCGUCGAUUGAUUCUCCGAUGCAUCCUGGUGUUAUUUCGCCGAACCUCGCUGUGCAUCACAGCCAUCGAGCCGACAACUGUUGCUACAGUGUUUCCCGGCAUCCCUGGUUCGAGCGCCUCACGAUGCUGAUCAUUAUGCUGAAUGCUGCAGAGCUGGCCCUCAGUGCUGAGCUCAACACCAAGGAAGAUCAAGGAGAAUCGCACGCAGUCUUCAUCAUCUCAGAGAACAUCUUUUGCGCUUACUUCUUGGCAGAGAUCAUAAUUCGCUUCUUCAGCUAUGCGAAGUGGUUGUACGCACUUCAGGAUAUUUGGUUUGCCUACGACUUGGCGCUGUUGUUGAUGAUGGUUACGGAGACUUGGAUACUGCCGCUGGUUUUUCUGAUCAUCAGCCCCACCAACAACAUUCUUCAAAACGCUGGCGUUUUGCGCGUGACACGAGUCCUUCGAGUACUUCGAACCGCUCGAAUGGUCAGAUUAGUCCGCACGAUGCCAGAGCUCAUGAUUCUGAUCAAAGGAAUGAUGGUGGCAUGCCGGUCAGUCUUCUUCACCUUGCUUCUUCUGUUUAUCAUCACCUUCGUCUUCAGUAUUGCUUUUGUGGAAUUUUGUCGAGGAACGCCUUUGGAAGAUAUGUACUUUGAUUCUUUGGCGCAGUCGGUGGCCACGCUGACCUUAGAAUGUAUUUUUACAGAUCAGCAGCAUUUUGUCCGAAGAUUGACGGAGCAAAGCGUGCUACACGGCUUGCUGGUGAUGCUGUUUAUCCUGCUGGGAUCGAUGACCGUCAUGAACAUGCUUCUGGGCAUCCUUGUGGAGGCUGUGAAGGCCGUCUCCGCAAUCGAGCAGGAACAGCUGGUGGCCGACUUCGCCAAGAGGGUAUUGUGGGAGCUCAUUGACAAAGACGAUCAUGAUGAGGAAGAUGAUGACCGCAUGAUUUCAGAGGAGGAGUUUACACAUUUGCUUUGCAAGCCAAAGGCCGUCAAGGCGCUAUCUCGUAUCGGAGUUGAUGCGUCUGCGGCGCUGGCGAACGCCAAGCUGCUAUUUGAGGAUGGGGAAAGCAUCACUUUCCAUGAGUUCAUGCACGCAAUGCUCACUUUGCGUCUCUCCAAUACAACUACGGUGAAAGACAUCAUCGAACUGCGGAAGUAUGUGGCAGAGGAGUUCUCUGAAAUGCAGACGUUGAUCAACGAGCUUUGCAGCUUCAUCGCAGACACUUGGGACGAUAGCCGGAGGCCGAGCCCAAGCUCUUCGCUCGUAGUACAGCGGCUAAACUAG